AUUUAAAUCGCCGGCUCCUACCAUCCGCUUCCACCUCACCCCAUCAUUUUGAUAUCCCUUGUGCCAGCUGAAACCCCAAGACUAGUCCCGUUUGUUCUCGAUCUUUAAGCCAUGUCGGGAGAAGAGACCACGCCGGCGGUGGAGGAGCAGGUCCAGGAUCCGGCGCCGGUGGAGCCGGCGGAGCCCGUGGUGGAGGAUACCGCGGCCAAGCCGAAGAAAGUGAAGGAGGCCAAGGCCAAAAAGCCCUCCGCUCCUCGGAAGCCCCGAUCUCCUCCUGCCCAUCCCCCGUACAUCGAGAUGAUUGGAGAGGCGAUCACGUCGUUGAAGGAGAGGACUGGAUCCAGUCAGUACGCGAUCGCCAAGUUUAUUGAAGACAAGCACAAGGCUCGCUUGCCUCCUAACUUCCGCAAGCUUCUCCUCGUCCAGCUCAAGAAGCUCACGGCCAGUGGCAAGCUGAACAAGAUCAAAAACUCCUACAAGCUCCCACCCUCUCGCCUCCGAGCUCCGGCUAAGCCUGCCUCCGCCUCCGCUGCGGUGAAGUCCAAACCAAAGCCCAAGCCGAAGCCCACCGUGGCCACCAAGCCGAAGCCUAAGCUCAAGCCCAAGCCCAAGCCCAAGCCUGCCGCCAAGCUGAAGCUGAAGCCGAAGCCGAAGCCGGCAGCGGCCAAGCGCAAGGCUCCGGUGAAGCCAAAGCCUGCAGCGAAGGUGGCCAAGCCGAAGGCGAAGAGCCGGCCUGCGAAGUCGGCGAAGACCUCCGCCAAGGACGCGCCCGGGAAGAAGGCGGUUUCUCCGGCGAAGCCCAAGGCCGUCCCGAAGAAGGUCGCGCCGAAGAAGGUGAAAGCCGGGAAGGUGUCCGCGAAGCCUUCGGUGAGGAAGGCCCCUGCGAGGAAGGCCAAGAAGUAGACGUUGAGGGGCAUUUGUUUGUAAAUUUAAUGGUGUUGUAGGGGUAGUUAGGUACCUGCACACCUCUCUUUUAUCUCUCUUAAGAGUAAAAAAAAAUUUGUAUACCGCUUCCGUUUAUCUCAUGGUUUUGUUUUGGGCAA